CGGAUAAGUUCACUGGUUUACAAUAUUCCAAAAAGAAAUUAACGGGUGAAUUUCCUCUUUAUAGUAAGUCAAAAUUCCUUCCGUCGGCGGCCGUCAUCCGCCGACGUCAUCCCGUCGCCGGAAGGAACGCUGGUGAAAACAUCUCCACGGAAUCUGUAGAUACACAAAUUUCAGAGAGAAUUGCAUUUGAUAGAUUGCAAAAAAGUGCAAAGAGGAGGAGAGAAAGCAGGAAAUUGGAAUCAUGAUAACGCGAUCGAAUUUGGCGGAGCAGCUGAGAGAGUAUCAGAUUCGAUCAAAGCACGAUUGGGCUUCCGUCUCCUUCUUUUCCUCCACCUCUAAUCUCACAUCUACCGCUUCAAGGGCGGAUGUCGUGAUGUUUGUAAUUUGUGAACUGGUUAUCUUGGCACUCCUGGUUUUCUCAGUAGUUUCAUUGUACUUCACACAUCUAAAACUUGCAUUUAUCUUAGUAAGUUCUAGCUUGCUAUUGCUUGUAUGCGUGACAAUUACAAAGCAAGUUACAGAAGCCAGGAAGAAGAAGCGAAGAAUGCUUCUUCCAUUAUCAAUGUAGAAAUGUGCCAUGAAAAAUCUUUUUGCUAUGCCCAACCUAUAUUUUAAUGUGAAAUGUCAACUUAUAAUUUUGUCCUUUUUUUUUUCCUUUUCUGAAUUCCUUUUGACACAAGUAAUUGUAGUAGAGGCAAGCUGAUUAA